UCAGGCCAGUCGUCGUUGUAGUCACGGUCGCCGUCUGAGAGGAGUUUGUGUGUCUACUACUCUACUUGGUUUGAGCCUCGCCAAAGCAGCCGUCGGUCGGUGUGUGUCCGUCUCAAAAUCGAAUCAAGUCAGCCUGGGCCUGGGCUCCUGCGGUUGCUGCUGAAGUGGAGUGGAAAAAACCUUGCCAAAGCCACCAAAUUUGCUACCGUCCGGUGUUCCGUUUCUAGAAUAAUGGUCAACUGGAUCGAUUCCAGUUGUGAUUUGUGGGGCUAGCUCGCCCAGAAGAGGACUGAAUUGAUCGGAAGUGUGCAAGUUUUGUGUUCAUUAUCAGAAGAGGUUAGUUACCCGUUCAGCUGGAAAAAAGGUAAAAAUGUUUGUGCAGCAGGGCGGGGAAGCUUCCAGCCAACUAGAUUCGUCAAGAGCUUGAGGUGGCCUAUUGUAUUUCCUCUGGUUCCAGGCAUUUCGAGAGGCUAACUAGUUGCUUGCAAGUGUACAGUGACAAUAUAGUUAUUGUUAAUAUCUGGAAAGAAAAAUUUGCAAGCUCCUAGCAAGCAGUAGGAAAGAGCGAGAAAGGGGGUGUAUUUUCCAAAUCGCGAAAAUUCGUUUCAAGGAGUGUGAGUUUUCCUUCGUCUGUCAGCACCAGCAGCACGAAUAGCUCCAAACUUGCCCCAAACAAGUCUUGUGCUUGUGUGAGUGUGAUAUUCUACCAAUUGCGUGCGGGAAAUCUGAAAAAAGUCGUGUUGUAGGAAGGAAAAUUCGACAUAAAGAAGAGGGCUUUUCUCAGUGUUUGUUCUCACAGCAGUAGCGUAUGCAAGUGGAAGAGAAAAUCCCCCCGACGGCCAGUGUGUGAGAGGGAGAAGUGUAUAGUGAGAAGUGGGUACAUUUUGGGGCCAGAAGUUAAUUGAAAAGUGAUUCAUUAUUGUUAUUAUUGCUAGCCGAAACUGGGACCACCUACCCACCACCCACCAUCGGUGUGAAAGAUCAACGUGAUUAAAUCUUGCAUUGGAAAGGUUCAAUACCUUUACAACAUUAUUCAACCAGCCGGUUCUGCGGAAUCUAGAGUAAUCUCUCUCGGCGCGCGCUAGUCGAGUUAUUUCAAGAUCUCAACAUAGUAUUUCAUAAGCCAUGACCAAAAGGUUCGAGUUCAACUGGCAGAUCCCGGUCCCGGAAGCGCUCAAAACUGGAUGCGUCUUCGAUCGGUGGACAGAGGAGAAGGACAACAAUGAGUUCGAACCGGCGUGUACUUUUAAGGUGGAUGAGUAUGGAUUUUUUGUGUACUGGAAGAGUGAGGGAAAGGAAGGGGACGUUAUCGAGCUUUGUCAAGUCAGUGAUAUUCGAGCCGGUGGAAUGCCAAAGGAAACAAAGCUGUGCAAUCAGUUGAUCAACAAACACGGAGACAACGUGGAGGAAAAAUCACUAACCAUCUGCUCCGGUACAGACUACAUCAACAUCAAUAUGCAGCAUGUGGUCUGUCCGGAUGCUGCCACAGCGAAGAUUUGGGUGGAUGGGCUGCGAAAAAUUACCCACAAUGGCAAAGCAAACAACUUUUGCCCGAUGACUGCACUAAAGAAGCAUUGGAUGAGGCUAGGUUUUACGGUCGAUCCACGUGGGAAAGUUCCAGUAAAAGUGGUCGCUAGGACAUUCGCCUCCGGCAAAACCGAAAAGCUAGUCUACCAAAUCCUGUCGGAUCUGGGCCUGCCCAGCGGUAAAAAUGAUGCCAUUGAGAGAAACGACUUCACGUUCGAAAAGUUCUACGAACUUUACCACAAGAUCUGUCCCCGGAAUGACAUCGAAGAGCUGUUUCGAUCAGUCACCCAAGGCAAAGCAAAUGCCAUCAAUCUGGACCAGUUUAUUAACUUUCUCAACGAGAAGCAGCGUGAUCCUCGAUUGAAUGAAAUUCUCUAUCCGCUGUAUGAUGAGAAACGAGCGAUCGAAAUCAUCACCACCUACGAGCAGGAUGAGAAAGCGCGAGAGGAAAAAAGCCUCACCAAAGACGGCCUCAUUCGGUAUCUGAUGUCGGAUGAGAAUGCUCCCGUGUUUCUAGAUCGGCUGGACAUCUACAUGGAUAUGGAUCAGCCGCUGUCGCAUUACUACAUCAACUCAUCCCACAACACGUACCUGUCCGGUCGCCAGUUUGGAGGCAAAAGUUCGGUGGAGAUGUACCGCCAAACGUUGCUGGCCGGUUGUCGAUGUGUUGAGCUGGAUUGCUGGGACGGUAAGGGAGAAGAUGAAGAGCCUAUCAUCACCCACGGCAUGGCUAUGUGUACCGAUAUUCUCUUCAAGGAUGUCAUUUAUGCUCUUCGAGAUACAGCUUUCGUCACAUCGGAUUACCCCGUGAUCCUUUCGAUCGAAAACCACUGCUGCCGAACUCAACAGUAUAAACUAGCUAAAUACUUUGAUGAAAUCCUCGGUGAUCUGCUGUUGAAGGAGGCACUGCCUGACUAUCCGCUGGAACCGGGUGCCCCUCUUCCUCCCCCUUCGGCAAUGAAGCGCAAAAUCCUUAUCAAAAACAAACGCCUCAAGACGGAGGUAGAAAAAAAAGAACUGGAACUCUUCCUGCAGGGUGAGUUCGUGGUAGAGGAUGAGGUGAAGGAGGAUGCCAGUGCCGUACGUAAAAUAGAACCAACCGAGGAAGCUGCCGCUGCUCCAGCGGCGGCAGCUGCAGCGACAACGGAAGGUGGUGACGAGGCUGCAGCCGCACAAUACACUGGUUCUACGACCAACGUACAUCCCUGGCUAUCGUCGAUGGUGAACUAUGCCCAGCCAAUCAAGUUCCAGUCAUUCGAAUCCGCUGAAAAGAAAAAUAUCCAUCACAACAUGUCUUCAUUUGCGGAAACUACCGGCAUGAAUUUGCUGAAACAACAGGCCAUCGAUUUCGUUAACUAUAACAAACGUCAAAUGUCCCGCAUCUACCCAAAGGGAACAAGAGCUGAUUCGUCCAACUAUAUGCCGCAGGUCUUCUGGAACGCCGGCUGCCAAAUGGUGUCUCUCAACUUUCAAACCUCAGAUCUUCCGAUGCAACUUAACCAGGGCAAAUUUGAGUACAACGGAAAUUGUGGCUACCUACUAAAACCAGAUUUCAUGCGACGAGCUGACCGAAGCUUCGAUCCAUUUGCCGACGCCCCAGUGGACGGUGUGAUUGCCGCUUCCUGCGCUGUACAAGUCAUUGCAGGUCAAUUCUUGUCGGACAAAAAGGUCGGUACCUACGUUGAAGUCGACAUGUACGGUCUACCCUCGGAUACAGUAAGAAAGGAAUUCCGAACCCGUUUAGUCCCUGCCAACGGCCUUAACCCGGUAUACAAUGAAGAACCGUUCCUUUUCCGUAAAGUCGUCUUACCGGAUCUCGCCGUACUUCGAUUCGGAGUGUAUGAUGAGAAUGGAAAACUUCUUGGACAACGAAUCCUUCCGCUGGAUGGUCUCCAGGGUGGCUACCGGCAUAUUUCCUUGCGUACUGAAGCUAAUUUUCCCAUGUCGUUGCCAAUGUUGUUCUGUAACAUUGAGCUGAAGAUCUACGUUCCCGAUGGCUUCGAAGACUUUAUGGAUGCUUUGUCUGAUCCACGUGCAUUCAUGGGAGCCGCGAAGGAACGAUCGGACAACAUGAAGGCUAUGGGUAUCGAAGAAUCGAGCUCCGGUGCAGCAGCUGAUGCGACGAAGGGCGCUAAGAAAGAGGAACCCGCCGAACCGCCGCUAGUAUUCGAUCCGAUCACAGUCGAAUCGCUACGCCAGGAGAAGGGAUUCCAGAAAACGGCCAAAAAACAACAGAAAGAUCUGGAUGUUGUAAAGAAGAAGCACCUAAAGGAGCGAACGGCUGUGCAGAAGACACAGAAUGCUGCGAUCGAGCGAUUGAUCAAGGGAAAGAGCAAAGAGGAAAUUAAAGCGGAUCCGGCCAUUCGCAAAGUUAUUCAGGAGCAGAAUGCCCAGUGGAGCGAAAUGAUCGAACGCCACAAGAAGGAGGAGUGGGACCUGCUUAAGCAACAGCUGGAUGAUCAGCGUGAAAUUCUGCGAAAGCUAAUGGAAGCAACUCAGGCUGGACAGAUGAAGCAACUUGAGGCCAAACACGAGCGUGGCAUCAAGGAGCUGAACACUCGUCAAGCGAAAAUCUCAGUUGAAACAUCCAAGGAAGUCGCGAACGAUAAAACACUCAAGACCAAAGGUGAGAAGGACCGACGAUUGCGUGAGAAGAAACAGAAUAAUAUUAAACGGUUCAUGGAGGAGAAGAAGACGGCCCAAAUAAAGCAGAACCGUGAGAAAGAGAAGCUGAAAGCUACCCACGAUAAGCAGCUGGAAGAGUUGGCCAACGACGUGCAGAAGCUAAUCGAUAUGUACACAAUCGAAGAACAGGAGUACAAGUUGACCAGCAAAAUGGAGUUCUAUGCCUGAGAGUUCAUCGCGGAGCCUCCAGAAACCUCCUAAAACUAUCGGAAGAACUGAACUUGUAGCAUUAAGUGAGCAUUAUAGGGAGUCACCAGAUUAUUGCGACGACAACUACAAGAGUGAAUAAAACAACCAAAAAAAAGGAAUACAAAAGAGUGCAUUCCGUUUGGCAUAAGGGUCGUUUGGGAUAUGCUGUGUUUGACCACGAGUUACUAAUUGUCAUGACCGCGAUGAUCUGAAUGCAGCGCAAUUUUCAACACGAUCACGACCAGGUCAAUUAGGUAUCGUAGAAUCCAAAUUUAAACCGGAAGAUUCUACGAGAGAGCUUUCAACAGAAUCACCAACAGAGAGUUACAUGUCAAUAAAUCUGCUCAUAAUGGGGAAACUAGCACGUACCUAUUUGUUGUCAUUUAACCGAGUCGACAGUGACCAUAUGCCAGACGAAAUACACUCGAUAAUGUAAACAUAAACUUUGAAGUAUAGAAAUACGAAAAACCCCAUAUUUUAGGAAAUUAUUAAACAGUUGUAUGUUCCAUUAUCAUAGCAAGAUUGUAUAAUUUUGAGCAAAAGAAUAUAGGUGACCCAAAAUAAAACAAUGAAAUGGAAUAAAAAACAAUAUACUAUUAGUUAUAACAUAAACUACAAUUACCAUGGUCUAGCGUAGCAAACGAAAAGUGAGAUUAGCUGUUUCUGUAAAGGCAUAUUUUUCGCGAAUGCAAACAUUGCAUUGUUGCUUUUGUUCCAGUGAAAAGUGUGCUACCCAUCAAAAAGCCAAUUUGCUAAGUUAACAAACAAUUUAAACAAACACUCGGUUGAUUCUACGUAUACAUAGUGUGCCAUGGGCCGCGUUUGUUAUGUUAUUUUACUGUGUUACUUUGAUUGACAUGGUUAAGUUUCGAGGCUUUAAUUACAAUUUAGCGUUCUACCGUCACACAUAGGGAGUCAAUUAGAAAAGAAAAACAAAUGCAAAAAUAUUUUUGGUUUCUGAAAUCACAUAUUUAAAGAAUUCCUUUAUUAUAUGCUCUGGAUGCAAUCAGAUGUUAAGUAUUUCGUCUAACUUGGAAGCAAACUGUAAGAAAUAGAAAAAUGGAACCUACCACAAGGCAUGUAAUGGUAAUGCCAUUGAAUUUUUAAAUUCUCUAAGGGUACACCAUAUAAAUAUUAUAAAUCGUCAGAAAGAAAAACAAUUUUUUAAAACAAGUUACAAAACGUAGACUAAGAUAACAAGAAAGUAUUCAACCAAAGUAUGACCUCCCCCACCUCCUUCCUUCCAGAAAGUUCCUCCUACGUAGUCUAUCGUUAAGUCCAUUCAUGGUUCCCCUCUCCCCGCUCCUUACACAUGCAAAUGUGAAAAAACGUACUGCUGUUAGAAAUAUAACAAACUUGAAAUAAACUACAACAAAAAAUCAUGAGUGCCUAUAACGCAAAAAAUCAUCCCUAUACUUUUCACCAAACACGCAUGUGAAUAUCGAAUUCGAAUGCUUUCCGUUUCCAAAAGUACACAUACACACACUCACUCAUUCACUCACUCACUGACACCUACACAGCGACAGAUGCAUGCGCAUACAGAAAGACAUUCAACGAAGUUUUCACUUGUGUCCAAACCAUUAUAAAACGUGUAAACCUUUUUAAGAAACAAAAAUCACGUAUUCUAGUCGUUAAUAUGUAAGCAAACCUUGAAAUGAUUUACUAUUAUAAAUGAGCUUAUGAUGAGUUCUGAUGGUAAAAAAAAUACCAAAACAAACCAUUGUUCAAAAUUAAAUGGAAGGAAACAAGAAUAGAAACCAAAUGUAGUAUUACUCUCUCUCUCAGUUGGAGAAACAAGUGAACUUCUCGAUACACGAAAAUCAAAUCAAACAUACUAUUCCACGACUAGAGAAAGCCAGUAUCAGAAACGUAGUAUAACCAACAACCAGAAUAUAAACUUAGCAGAGAUUUAGGUCAAAAAAUGGAGGAUCUAUUUUUGUAAAUCUCCAUCCACUACAGUUAGCAAAUAAUGGAUAGUUUGGGAGCAUCCGAGAGGUUGUGCUCCAAGCCGAGGGCAAGUUUAGAGGGGUGAAUUUUGAGAAAAGAAAUCAAAAUAAAAUACAACCAUUAGCAAA